UGCUUCCCAAGACAAAAAGUAUUUCAAGUCUGCUCCUUUGGUGAAAAUAACUUUUGGAAUUAUGACUGUGCCACCGUUUCUCUCUGCCCUCACUUUGGUGCUUCUCAUUAAAGAGAGUGGAGCCUGGAUUUACAAUACCUCCACGGAAACCAUGACUUAUGAUGAGGCCAGUGCUUAUUGUCAGGAACGGUAUACACAUCUGGUCGCCAUCCAAAACAAAGAAGAGAUUAAGUACCUAAACUCUAUAUUGAGCUAUUCCCCAAGUUAUUACUGGAUUGGAAUCAGAAAAGUCAACAACGUGUGGAUCUGGGUAGGAACCCAGAAGCCUCUGACGGAAGAAGCCACAAACUGGGCUCCAGGUGAACCCAAUAAUAAGCAAAGCAAUGAGGACUGCGUGGAGAUCUACAUUAAGAGAGAAAAAGACAUGGGCAUGUGGAAUGAUGAGAGAUGCAACAAGAAGAAGCUUGCAUUGUGCUAUACAGCUGCCUGUACCAACACAUCCUGCAGUGGCCAUGGUGUAUGUGUAGAGACCAUCAAUAAUUACACUUGCAAGUGCCACCCUGGCUUCAGUGGACUCAACUGUGAGCAAAUUGUAACCUGCAAAGCCCAGGAAGCCCCUGAGCAUGGAAGCCUGGUUUGCAGCCACCCCCUGGGGAACUUCAGCUACAAUUCUUCCUGCUCUGCCCACUGUGAAAGGGGCUACCUGCCAAGCAGCAUGGAGACUGUGUGGUGCAUGUCCUCUGGGGAAUGGAGUGCUCUGGUUCCAGCCUGCAAUGUGGUUGAAUGUGAUGCAUUAACAAAUCCUAUCAAUGGGUUCAUGGAAUGUUCCCAAAGCCCUGGAAGUUUCCCCUGGAACACAACUUGUGCAUUUUACUGUGAAGAGGGAUUUGAACUAAUGGGAGUUCAGAGCCUUCAGUGUACCUCCUCUGGAAACUGGGACAACGAGAGGCCCGUGUGUAAAGCUGUGACAUGCGCUGCCAUCCACCAUCCUCAGAAUGGCUCUGUGAGCUGUAGCCACUCCCCGGCUGGACAGUUUACCUUCAAGUCAUCCUGCGACUUUACCUGUGAGAAAGGCUUCAUGUUGCAGGGGCCAGCCCAGGUUGAAUGCACUGCACAAGGGCAAUGGACACAGGAGAUUCCAGUCUGUGAAGCUUUCCAGUGCAGUGCCCUGUCCAGUCCAGAGCGAGGCUACAUGAAUUGUCUUCCUAGUGCUUCUGGAAGUUUCCAAAGUGGGUUCAUCUGUGAGUUCUCCUGUGAACAGGGAUUUGUGUUGAAGGGAUCCAAAAGGCUCCAGUGUGGCCCCACAGGAGAGUGGGACAGUGAGAAACCUACAUGUGAAGCUGUGAAAUGUGAUGCUGUCCACCAGCCCCCGAGGGGCUUGGUGAGGUGUGCCCAUUCUCCUGCUGGAGAAUUCACCUACAAGACCUCUUGUGCCCUCAGUUGUGAGGAAGGCUUUGAAUUACAUGGAGCAGCUCAUCUUGAGUGCACGUCUCAGGGACAGUGGACACAGGAGGUUCCCUCCUGCCAAGUGGUACAAUGUCCAGUCCUGGCAAUUUCGGGAAAGAUCAACAUGACCUGUGGUGGGGAGCCUGUGUUUGGCACCUUGUGCAAGUUUGCAUGUCCUGAAGGAUGGACCCUCAAUGGCUCUGAAGCUCUGAUGUGUGGUGCCACAGGACACUGGUCUGGGAUGCUGCCUACCUGCGAAGCUCCCACUGAGUCCAACAUUCCCUUGGCAAUUGGACUUUCGGCUGCUGCAACUUCCUUCCUGACAUUAGGAUCAUUUCUCUUCUGGCUUCUGAAAUACCUUCGCAAGAAAGCAAAGAGAUUUGUCCCCGCCAGCAGCUGCCAAAGCCUUGAAUCAAAUGGAAGCUACCAAAUGCCUUCCAGCAUCCUUUAAGUUCAAAAGAAUCAGGAACACAGGUGCAUGCAGGGAACUAGAGUGAUACACAGAAGACAGCAGAAACG